UAUCAGUCCGUCGGUCGAUUAUUUUAUUUACGCAGAGGAAUUUAAUAUUUAUAAAGAAAACAGUGGUUUGAGUAAAUAAAGCUACAUAAUUACACGAUGAGUGAUUUAUUGGAUGAAGACUUGGAGUUCCGCGGCGGUACCUUGCAGCUGUCGACGGACACGAGCGUGGCCGAUGUUUCUGAAAGUAAUCGUAAUAAUACUCACGAUAAUACAGCGAGAAGGAAACCCCCGACUGGUGUUAAUCCCUCAGUGUUGUCUGGUGCAAAUUCCUUGACCUCCUCCACAUCUUCCUUUGCCGAUGCCAGAGGUCCCGAGGAGCAGGCAAACUCAGCAGCGGCUCCACCCGAUGACAACCAGGCAGUAUUUCCUCGUUACGAUGUCCCAUUUGACAAAGAGAAUAUCAAAGACUUCUUUACCUUCCGUAAAGGAGUUGUGGACACAGCUAUUCAGGAGUGUAUCACGGCACUCUUAUUCCCCGAGGAUGGAGAGUACUUAGGAUCCUGGUUGUUGACAGAGAUAACUCUAUGGGACAAUGAAAAGGAGAGGAUUGUGCUUCUCACAUCAAGAUUGGUGAUGACGAUCAAAUAUGACUUCAUUGCCAUGAAGCAGCUGGACUUCAAGAAGACGUACUUGGAUGACCUGGAUACUAUCGUUAUCGGGGAGCUGGUUUAUCCUCCAUCAUCCUUAGUUCCUCGCCUGAACGGCAUCGCAAGUGGUGUGACGACGGUCGUCAAAGACUGCGUCAUAGACCGCCUCUGCCGCCGACCCUCUCACGAAGACGCCGACCAUCAGAACAGUAGACUGUUCGAUCCCAAGUAUUUUGAACCUAGAGAGCGCCACCUCCGUGGCGUGCGACUGAUGUGGAACAAAGGUGAGCCAGUGCCGCUGAAAACCGUGUGGAACCCCUUCAGCCAAGAUGUGCCGUUCCUCACCUACGCCUCACACCCUAUCUUCUGGCAUAAAGAGGGAACAGCCGAAGAAAAAUCAACAUACGACAUGGAAACUUUCGCCCUCAAACUGCAAAGGGCUAUAGAGAACAUGACAUCUUCAGCUUGCUGCAUACACCACUCCCCUAUAGUCAUACAAAGCUACGUGGGAGUCACCUCUCUCCUACACAACAAGACUGGUAUGGGCUUCUUCAAGGUCAGGGGCAAAUUCAGCUUCUAAGGUACAAGACAUUAGGUUCAAUUUUGAAUAUCAUGUUAUAAGGCACUGUUGUGGAAGAACGGUGAUGAUGAUUUUGGCUGUAGGUAGAUAAUGGUGGCUGGAACUUUGUUAUAUUUGUAACGGGGUAAGGAGUGGUUGAUAGAAGAAGCUGGAAGGUUUGAGAAUUGAUCUCAAAAAGGCAUUUGUUGAUCAAGAAAUCUCGCAGUUAGCUACAAAAUUAGACCCUAGUCAAUAGUAUUUGCUCAAUCAUUUUCACAUCAAGAUUUCUCGUUACCAUAAAUAAUACCCAUAAUUUAAUCAGUACUAAAGAUAUCAUUUGAAAAAAAGAGUGGUUUUUAUUUGUAAGAAAAGCUGCAUUAAUUAUCAUUAAAUUUCAUUAUGCCAGGUAUCUAAAUAUAGCAAGGUUCCAGUUGAAGAAUACUUAAUCAAUAUUUAUAAAUAAAUUGUUAAAUUAAAAGUUCUAUUGUAUAAAUUAUUGAAUAAUUACGGCUUGGCGUUGGAAAUAAACCUUUUAGAAAUUAAAAAGGCUUAAUAGAUAUCAAGUUAGGGGAAAGGGUAGGUUAGAGAAAUACAAGAAUACUUUAGUUAAGAGCUCACGGCGCUUUUUAACUUGAAGUAAAAAACGGAGUCUCGAAAAAUUAUCUAGUGAACCGAGGAAUAAAAAAUGCGUGGUGAUUCUUUUAUAUUAAGACAUUGUUGCUUGUGAUAAUUUUAAUUUAAUUUUAGUUGUACUUGUACUCAAUUUGCAUUGUCUUUUGAAUUAAUUUAACACGUAGUCUCGAUGCAAUAUUGUUAGUCCUUUAAACUUUAAGGAAAUUAAUCAUCAAUUGUUGAAAAUUAUUCACCGUAAUCUGCCAAUUUAAUAAAUAAUAAUAAUUUAAUAUCUAUUAAUAGAUGACAAAGUCGUCCCUUUAUGAAGAAACAUUAACCGUAAACGAAAUAGAUCUAAUCGCCUAAAGUAGUAUUUGAUUUAAUAAAUAUGAGAUUGCUAGAAUAGUGUAGUAGUACAUUUUAAUUUGUCGAUAUCGAUGGUUAUUAUAGAAUGUUAUGGGGACUGUAUACAAGUAAGUGAUGAAAUAAAAUAUGUAUUCUCAAAUUAUUAAAAAACAUGUUCAAUAUUAGAAUGAGAAUAAUUAUUGUAUAUCGUAGCUUUUGCAUACAUUAGUUAAAAUAAAUAGGAGUGCGUAUUUUAUUCGUUGACUAGGAAUAAUUGUUUGUUGCCAAAUGAAACGAUGGAAUGAUAUCCAGUGUCUGGUUAUAGGCUGGUCGAUAAAAUCAGACUGGAUGUGCAAAUAUUUCUAACGUAUCUCUAAACUUAAACGUGAAGGAAUUGAGUUAGUGCUGCGCUCACCAACAGUCGAUAAAUUAUCAAAUAAUAAUAAUAUAAUUUAUUCAUAAAUAACUGAAUUGGGGCUUUCUGAAAUAUUUGUGAAGUGCUAUAUUUUCGAUAUAAGAUCGGUCCAGCUUGUGAUCUCUCUCCGGUCGUGUCGGAUUGCCGUCCCAUCGCUCUAUGAGAAUGAAAGAAUAGUGAGUGCACCUGUGUUUGCGCAAAUGCUUGUGCACUAUAAUAUGUCCUGCGCAUCUUCAUUUACCAAUAUUUUGGUAGUCUAUGAAUGCAUUUACGCGUUAGCGAACACGGUACUUGUUGAUGUAAUUUAUCCUUGGUCAGUUUAAUAUAUGUAUCUUAGAUAUAUAUAGGUGCAUCUAAGACCAUAGUAAAUAAUGCCAAUUUUCAUCUUGCGAUAGCAAAAGUAAAAAUACUUGAGUGAGAAAAAAUCAAUGUAUAUUUCUGUAAUUUUCCUUGUUGUGGUUUAUGGCAAUAAGUGAAAGUUUAUUAUGUUAUUCUUUUAAUUAUGUUUAUAUUCUAUGUUUCAAUCUCUCUAGUUUAAAAUAAUGUUAUAUUCGUUAGUCCUACAUAUUUUAAUAUAUGUACCUGCUUCCUUAACCUGUUAUAUACAUACCGUCUUACCACAAAAACUUUUUAACGUCAGUUUAAGCCUUGUCUAAAAAAAUGUCAAAUUAUGACGUUGACAUAUGGUUCAUUUUGGAGCCACAAUUUUUUUAGACAAGUGUAAAACAGGCGUUAAAGUUUUUGUAGUAAGGCCAAUAAAGUUUAUGUAAAUAUACUUUUUAAAUAUAUUUAGUUGUUGUAAUACUGUAGUUUUAUUAUAUAUGUAUAUUGUAUGUGUUGUAAUACAGCUAUGAUUUGUAAUAUCAGCUGCGAAUGUUACAUGUUGAUAAAGUAUGUACAUUCAUAAAUAAAUAUACAUACUAUAUUGUAAAUAUACUUUAUAGAUUUUAUUUAUUAUACAUCAUUAAAGCAACCUGGGCAUUUUCAACUCUAUCACGUUGUAAUUAAGUUUGUUUUUCAUAUAUCUGAUUAUUGAUGGAGUAGUGUGCUCGAUGUUUUUUAUAUCACUGGCCAAUUUAAUCAAAUAUCUCUGAAAUAUUAUUUACGUAUUUUAUAUUCUUCAAUUGAAAUAUGUGUCACAAAGAUAAGAAUAAUGAAAUUAAUAUUGGAAAGUAAAAAAAUUAACAAAAUACACUUGCAUAUCUGAUACCUUAGGUAAAACAGAAGUUGUUAAGUACAUAAUAUAAUGUUGAAAUGUUAUUUCUAUUGUUACCCUACCACGUUUAAUGAAAUUGAUAAUUAAGCUUGUCUGGUUGUUUUCAAAAGAUACAUAUACAAAAAAUAAGUAUAAAUAAUUUAUGUACCAUAGAAAAACAAAAUCAAUUUAGGCACUUUGCAACUAUCAUUGGUCCUCCACUUUAUUGAAAAACGUGGCCCUAGAAAGUACUGACUUUAUUGCUAGGUUUAGUCCAUUAACUUUGUGAUUUAAACCUAGUGCUCAAGCCGGUACUUUUUAAGACCACGUUUUAAAAUAAAGUAGAUAGAGAUUCAAUACAAAGGUCUUAGAACAAGUUCCAUGAACCGUCGUAUAAUUCAUUCAUUACAUAACAUUAAAAUAAAUAACAUAACUUUAACACAUAUAACACCAACUUAAGUGCAUUCAUGUUUUGCAGGCCUAUUAUAUAAUAUAAUACAGCAAUGGUUCUAACUCUAAUCAUAAGAAGUUAGUUACAUACGAUAUCACUAGAUAAAUUCAGAUCACAGAACAUAUAAGUUUUACUUAUGAUAUACGAAAUAUUCCUAUGUUGCUGUUUAUGUAAACGUAUACAUUUGUGUAAUUGAAGUUUGUCUUAUUAUCUAUAACUAUUAAAUAUUUGAAUCAU